AUGACAGAACCUAAAGAUUUAUCCAACCCAAGUGAACGAUACGGGUUUGAAUAUGACAUUGAUGCUUGGUAUGAAAAAUGUUCCAAGUUUACAACUUAUACUAAAUUUAUUCCUAUCACUCAAUCCGAAGCUAAAGUCAUGAUUAAACAAUACGAAUUUCAUAUUAAGAAAACGAAGGAUCAAUCACCAAGUGGUGAUGAUUAUGAAAUUUUAAAGAAAUUGGAAGGAAAAAUUGAUGAUGAACUUACAAAUAAUUCUGAAUUUUAUGAUGAAGAAAUGGAUGUGAGCAGUGCUUUUAUUAGAUUGAGUUCUAGAUCUCCUAAAGAUGCUGCUUUUAAUUCCCAAAAGAUUCGUCAAAUUCUUCAGAGAAAGCUUUAUGAAAAGAAUGCAAUGUUUUCUUUUGGAGGUGAAAAUGCUAAAAUUCAAUCAGAUCAAGAUAAGCAAAAUAAUGAAUUCAUUGCAUUCUUUGAAUCUCAAGUGGAAGUUAUGAAAUUUGAAAGUGGACAAGAGGCUAUUGAAAUGAUGACAAGUUCUACUCGUGUCUAUGAUGAUUUAAAUAUUGCACUCAAGUAUAGAAAUGACGAUUCAUUGUGGAAUGUCUUUUUCGUAUUGAGAAAAUGGAUUCCAAAUCAUAAUAUUCAAUACGAAUUCAGAACUUUUGUUUAUAAUAGAAAAUUGUGUGCCAUUUCACAAUAUAAUGAUGCUCUUUUCUUUGAAGAUUUGUGUAACCAUAAGGAUUUAUAUUUGAAGGCAAUGUUAAACUUUUUUGAAAAGAUUAAGGACGAAAUUCCAUUUGAUAACAGUGUAAUGGAUUUAGUAAUUUAUCCAUUAUCCUCAGACGAAGAAAAACUACACGAUAUGGAUAAUCUCAAUGUUCAAGUUCUGGAAUUCAAUCCAUUUAAUCAAUAUACAGGAAGCGCAUUCUUUUCAUGGAUUAAAGACACAGAAAUUCUUAAAGGUGAAAAGCCAUUCGAAUUUAGAAUCAGAGAAGACUCGCUUCCAGUUUUGAGAAAUAUUGAUUUUUCAGAGAGUGGCUCCACAAAUAAGAAUAAUCAAUUAAUGUUCAAUUUAAUGGAUAUUCCAGAUCAGAGCAUUAUUGAAGAAAAUUCUGAAUUGCUUGAAAUGGUUGAUGAUUUUCUAAAUAAUGAUCUGGAGAGAAUUCACUCUAAUUUCAAGUACGUCGUUCAGAAAACCACCACCGAAUCAGCUUCUGAAAGAUUGAAUGCCAUGGGAAUAUAGUAAUUUAAAUAAACAUUUAUUGUACUGUUUA